UACUCUCUCUCCACCAUAUUCCCAUCAAACGAUUUUAAGAACAUGUCGACACCAUCAGCACCACCACAAGCACCACCGCCGGCUGAACUUACUUCCCAUUUCAAAUAUCCGGCAACAACCACCGCCAUUCCGGUGAAAAUGACAAGUCAGAACAAUCCUACAAACGCUUCUGCAACCACUGACUCUCAUUCUCCGGUAACUUGGUCGACUGGUCUCUGCGAUUGCUUCGACGAUGUUAGCAGUUGUUGCUUAACAUGCUGGUGCCCAUGUAUUACAUUUGGUCGAAUAGCGGAAAUUGUUGACAGAGGAUCGACAUCAUGCGGAGUGAGUGGAGCAUUGUACAUGCUAAUAAUGUGCUUGACGAGUUGCUCGUGUCUGUAUUCGUGCUUCUAUCGCCCCAAAUUGAGGGGACAGUAUUUCUUGGAGGAGAGCCCGUGCACAGAUUGCUGCGUUCAUUGUUGCUGCGAGGGAUGUGCUCUCUGUCAAGAAUAUAGAGAGCUCAAGAAGCAGGGAUUCGACAUGUCCAUAGGGUGGCAUGGGAACGUGGAAAGGCGAAAACGAGAGGUGUCAGUGCCUCCAGCAGUUCAAGAAGGCAUGAAUCGUUAGAGCUGAAGAUGUGCUUUUGUUUAAUAUUUAUAUGUCCUGAUUGUGAUGAUUUAUAGUAAUAAUCUUUGCCUUUUGGAUUGAUAUAUAUGUUAUAUAUACUACUUUAACAGUGUUGUAGUAAGUUUAA